GAAAUGUGAUGAGUAUAUUUUGUCACCCACCCGUUACUUCUAUUUUAUCCUAUUUUAUUUGUUGUUUUUCUUCGCUUAUAACCAAUAUUCUUCUUGUAAGCUCCAAAUGAUUGCUUCCAAUCACGCCCCAUCAUAUUAAUUGGUGUGUCGGGAAGUGCAUAUAAUCUUCAUGGCUCUUCUCUAACAUCAUGGUCUUAUUUUAUCGGCAACACAUCAAGAGAAAUUUUACGGUUUUGGCGGUUGCUGGAGCGACGACGAACGAUAAUCUUCGUCUUCUAAAUAAAAAAUCCCUACCUUUAACCCCGAAUGUUCAUUUCUCAAAUAAGGUAGAUUUAGCCGAAGCUAACAACCAGUUGAAAAAAUUAGUGAAAACCAAUCACUUGAAUGAUGCGCGUAACAUGUUCGAUCAAUUACCUCAAAGGGAUGAGGUUUCGUGGACUAAUAUUAUUUCUGGGUAUGUUAAUGCAUCAAACUCCUCUGAAGCCUUGCUUUUGUUCUCAAAGAUGCGACUUCAGUCUGAGAUACGAAUUGAUCCCUUCCUACUUAGUCUUGGUCUUAAGACUUGUGGACUCGGUUUGAAUUAUUUAUAUGGUACGAACUUGCACGGGUUUUCAGUCAAAACGGGUCUAGUCAACUCUGUUUUCGUCGGUAGCGCUCUUCUCGACAUGUAUAUGAAAAUCGGAGAAAUUGGGAGAAGUUGUAAAGUGUUCGAUGAAAUGCCGACAAGAAAUGCGGUGACUUGGACCGCAGUUAUAACCGGGCUUGUUCGUGCAGGGUAUAGUGAAGACGGGCUGGCUUACUUUUCUGAAAUGGGAAGGUCGAAGGUCGAAUACGACUCCUAUGCAUAUGCUAUAGCAUUGAAGGCCAGUGCUGAUUCAGGUGCACUAAAUCAUGGAAGAUCAAUUCAUACACAGACACUGAAGAAAGGAUUGGAUGAAAACUCCUUUGUGGCCAAUUCACUGACCACCAUGUAUAACAAAUGCGGUAAGCUAGAUUAUGGUUUUCAUAUGUUUGGAAAGAUGAGGACUCUGGAUGUUGUUUCGUGGACGACAAUUGUAACGACUUACAUUCAGAUGGGUAAGGAGGAAUGUGGGCUUCAAGCAUUUAAAAGAAUGCAGGCAAGCAAUGUGAUUCCAAAUGAAUAUACAUUUUCUGCUGUUAUAUCUUGUUGUGCUAAUCUUGCAAGGUUGAAGUGGGGGGAACAACUACAUGCGCAUGUUUUAUAUAUUGGGUUUCUGAAUGCUCUGUCAGUUGGUAACUCUAUCAUGACCAUGUACUCAAAAUGUGGGGAGUUAGCCUCAGUUUCAAAGGUAUUUUGUUCAAUGAAUUUUAGAGACAUCGUUACUUGGAGCACUAUAAUUGCGGCAUAUUCUCAAGUAGGCUAUGUCGAAGAAGUUUUUGAGUAUCUAUCACGGAUGAGAAGUGAAGGACCGAGACCAAAUGAGUUUGCCCUAGCUAGCGUGUUGAGUGCAUGUGGAAGUAUGGCGAUUCUUGAGCAGGGGAAGCAAUUGCACGCUCAUGUUUUAUCUAUUGGAUUAGAACAGACACCCAUGGUAUGUAGUGCUCUUAUUAUUAUGUAUGCAAAAUGUGGGAGCAUUGCAGAAGCUUCUAAGAUCUUUAAGGAUUCGUGGAAAGAUGACAUCAUUUCAUGGACAGCAAUGAUCAGCGGGUAUGCUGAACAUGGACACAGCCAAGAAGCCAUUGAAUUGUUUGAAAAUAUCCAAAAGGUUGGUCUGAGACCAGACUCCGUGACCUUCAUUGGCGUCCUUACUGCUUGUAGUCAUGCAGGAAUGGUUGACCUUGGUUUCUACUACUUCAACUCAAUGAGCAAAGAUUAUCACAUCACUCCUUCAAAAGAACACUAUGGAUGUAUGAUUGAUCUUCUUUGUCGAGCAGGACGAUUACGUGAUGCAGAGACCUUGAUCAGAAGCAUGCCAAUUCAACGAGACGAUGUUGUCUGGUCUACAUUGCUGAGGGCAUGUAGAAUCCAUGGUGAUGUUGAUUGUGGACAACGUGCUGCUGCUGAAGUUCUCAAGUUAGAUCCAAAUUGUGCUGGGACUCACAUAACCUUAGCAAACAUUUUUGCUGCCAAGGGAAAGUGGAAGGAAGCAGCAAAUAUAAGGAUGUUAAUGAAAUCAAAGGGGGUUGUUAAAGAGCCAGGAUGGUCUUCGGUAAAGGUCAAGGAUAGUGUUUUUGCAUUUGUUUCUGGAGAUCGUUCGCAUCCACAAAGAGAAGACAUAUACAAUAUUUUGGAGGAGUUGGCUUCAAGAAUGGAGAUCUAUAUUCUUGAAUUGAACCAUUUAGUAAAUGAUGAUAUGGAAGAAUAAUGAAAGGUUGAUUUGUAUAGACCCCAAUUUUUUACGAUAGCUGUCUUCUUGAUGCCUUUAUGUCUUAGAAGUGAAAUCACGGACAGGAAAGUUGGGAUCACUUUUGGCUUUUAAGAAAUGCAGAGGUGGCUCAUGAAGGUACUUUAUGUCGUUGGAUUUCUUGAAGAUGGGGUUGAUAUAAUGAUGCCUGAUGAAAGUUGAGAAGGUCCUUUUAGUGUCAUAAGCUGAUAUUGGUGGAUUGGGUGCUGAAAUUCAAGAGAUUAAAGAAGCUGUUGAGUUUUUAUCUACUCAUCCUGAGUUAUAUGCAUUGGUGUUAGGCCUCCUAAAGGUGUGAUUAGUUACUUUAUGGCCAGCCAGGAACAGGCAAGAUUGUACUUGCAAAGUUCCCACCCCCCUCCCCCACGUUUGCUGAGCACUAUUUCUGUUAAUUUAUCCUGUUUGGAUGAAGUGUCUAGUUUAUGGAAACUUUCAACUUCAAAGAACAAAUUUUUAGUUAGAAGCUAUCUAGAAGUAUAGGUAGUAUAACCUUGUUUUCCCAAUAAGUUAGUGAAGGAACUCUUCAGGGUUGCUGAUAAUCUUUCACCUAUCAUUGUUUUUCUUGAUGCGAUUGAUGCUGUUGGCACAAAGAGGUCAGUUGCUUUGCAUUGUUAUUCUAAAAGGAGACUGUUGUUUCUGAUUCAUACUGUAUCCUUUUGAUUCGAGAGAUGUUGAAGUGAUAACUUCCUGCAACCAGAAUUAGAAACCUCGAUCUAGCUUUGCUUCAACCAGGCCAAAUAGAUAUGGUUGAUUAUUUCCUUUCUUGUAUUAUAUUUUAUUUUAGUGGUUAUAUAUAUUUUCCAAUUUUAUUUUUCCUUC